AUGAAAUCAGCGGACAUACAACGUUCUCGUCGGUCAAAAGGUUCUGGAGUCGUCGCACUUCCGACUCAAACUACACAAACAUCUGACAAGGAUGUUGUACGUGCGAUAGCACUUCAUAAUCGGACAGUUGUCAAUGCCUCCGAAUGGACUGACGACACAAGCGUCGGACAAACAGCAUCACCCUUACUAAGAACACAAUUGUUUUUGUGGACAUCAGGUUGUUUCGCAAAUAUAGUUUUCAUCACUGUUUCACAAUCCCCAAAUCUGAAGGGAAUUUUAAAGAUUUUAUGGGAGAAGAUCUUUGGGAAGAAUGUAGCUGAGUUUCAGAAUGUGGAAGAUGCACGUAUGGAGCUUCAGCAGCGGUUUUUAAGGCAGUCUAAACCAACUUUGGUGGUGUUGGAUGAUGUUUGGUCCAGAGCUGAUUUGGAAAUAUUACUAUUUGAAGCUCCAGGAUACAAAACCCUCAUCACAACCAGAGAUACUUCUACCAUCCCCAGAAACGCAUCUACUCGGCUGUAUCAAUGGCCAUUGUUAAACAAAGAGGAUUCUCUCUCACUUUUCUGCUUAUCGGCAUUUGGACAGACAUCAAUUCCAAGUACGGCAGAUGCAAAUCUAGUCACAGAGGUGCAAGCCGAAUGCAAGGGUUUGCCUCUUGCUCUUAAAGUGGUUGGAAGUUCUUUGUACGGGGAACCUCAUGUGGCCUGGGAGAAUGCAAAGAAAAGGCAGUCCAUAUCCAUUUAUCACGAAGAAGGGCUUUUCAGAUGCCUGAAGACGAGUAUUGAUUGCUUGGAUGAUGUUGGGAGGGAAUGUUUCUUAGACACAGCCUCAUUUCCAGAGGACAAGAAAAUUUGUGCUGAUGCACUGCUCAACAUUUGGGUUUAUGUUCGGAAGAUGGAGUGGCAGGAUGCCUAUAUUAUGUUACAGGAACUUGCAAGAAGAAAUCUCCUCAGUCUAAUAAGCAAUCAAGGAAUCCAAUCAACAAUCUCGUACGGAUGUGCCUCUGAGCUGUUCUUUUCGCAGCAUGAUGUGAUGCGAGACUUAGCCUUGUAUUUGGGAUGUCAGGACAGUAUAGUCCACAGAAAGAGGUUACUCAUGCCCAGGAAGGAGCAUUGCCUACCAGGGGAAUGGGAGUUGCUUAGAGAUGGACAGUUCAGUGCUAAAAUUGUAUCUAUUCACACAGGCUCUAUGGCUGAGAGUGACUGGUAUGAGAUGAAUCUUCCGGAGACAGAGUCUCUGGCGUACUCUCUGGUGUUACACUUGCUCUAUGGCCCUAUGCUCAGAGAUGGUCUGUUACCAACUGCCAUCUGGUUAAAAAAUUGCCAUAUAAUCUCGGAAAUAUGA